AUGGAGGAUUCUACCGAAAGCUCUGCCGUUGAGCAAAUCAAAUUUAUACCAAAAAAGAAAAGAAAUGUUCGACAGCGCAUUAAGGUAGAUGAUGAUGAUUCUGAAGAUGAAGAAUUAAUAUUGGCCAAAUUAGAAGAAGCGAAAGAGUUACAAAAACUUCGGGAACGGCCGAAUGGUGUUAGUAUAAUCGCUUUAGCCACUGGUCAGAAAGUUACCUUAGAAGAGGAGAUCGUUUGUAAAGAUCCUUAUAAAAUAAAAGCCGGUGGAAUGGUAAACAUGCAGGCUUUAAAAAGCGGCAAAGUAAAGCAGGUUGAUGAUGCGUACGAUACUGGUAUUGGUACACAAUUUUCAGCAGAAACUAAUAAGCGUGAUGAAGAUGAAGAAAUGAUGAAGUAUAUAGAAGAACAGUUGGCGAAAAGAAAAGAGGGCAUCAAUGAAGACAAGAAAGAAUCCGAGAACAGUGAUUCACUAAAAUACCUAUCCCCUGAAGAAGCAGCAUUGCUUUCCCUACCUGAACACUUGAGAGUCUCAUCAAUGCACAGAUCUGAGGAGAUGUUAUCAAAUCAAAUGCUCAGUGGUAUCCCAGAAGUUGAUUUAGGUAUCGAUGCUAAAAUAAAGAACAUUGAAGCUACAGAGGAAGCCAAAAUGAAACUUUUAUGGGAGAGACACAACAAAAAAGAUGGCCCAUCACAGUUUGUGCCAACUAACAUGGCUGUGAAUUUUGUGCAACAUAAUAGGUUCAAUAUAGACAGUGAUAAUACCAAAAAAAGGAAAGUAGAAAAAGUAGAAGUUUCAAAGACAGAAACUAAUAUGAUAGAUGCUAGUGUGGACAAAAUUGUAAAGAAAGCUAAAGGUGAAAGAGCAACAGAUGAUUAUCACUAUGAAAGGUUUAAGAAACAAUUUAGAAGGUAUUAA